AAAAUCGUGUAACUACGCAAUAUGUUUAAUAUGAAUGCUCAAAAUUGGCUAGGCAUGGCUUUGGAGCAGCCGCUGGGCGAACAAACGAUCGCCACUGCCAUAACCAAUGGGAAUGCAAUGCAAUAUAAUGGUCUAACAGCAGCGCCAUCACCUGCCGCAGCACCGCCCCCAUCCGCGCCGGUACAUCACACUUUUCUACGGAAACGCUCCGUUUGUAAUUCGAAUCCAUCACUCGAACGUCCGCCGCCCACCAACGAUAUACAUGUGGAGUACGAAGUCGCCGUGCCGCUCGUGUCCACAUACCGUCACACACCAUAUCACUCAUUAUGGGAUCUACAUGAUUGUACCUCCACAACUCCACCGACUGGGCUGUCCCAUGUGGCACGCAUGAUGGACUCAUUGAUACUGGAUCAAUAUCCACCAUUUGCCUUCACAAAGAUCACAACCACACAUAGGCCAUCACGCGCUGGGAACAUUAAGAAGACAGAGACCACACGCACAACCACCUUGACUGGACUCUCGCCCGGCAGCUCGGCAACUUUAGGUGCUAGCAGCGGCAUUGCGGGAGGUGGACUAAGGAAAACGCGCAUACCAACCCAAGUACCUCCACAACCACGCCCCAAUACAAAUCUGCCACCAACCGCUGGCGCCACAAAUCCACUUUAUCAGAAUACAAAUGGCGGCCCCAACAAUACCGGUAGUAAUAAUACACACAUACAAUUCCCCAAUCACAAUGACAACCGUUGGAUUUCAUCCUUACGUCGAUCACGUGAUCCCGAACUACAGCCGACACUGCCUUCGAUCAAUUUGAGCCAUCACGGUAGCGCACAUAAUGUGGGCGGUAGCCUGAGCACUAGCACUGAUAAGGGCCGCAGUUCGCGUAGCAUUAAAGCCUCAACUAUGGCGGCAACGCGCAAGAGUCGCAGUGUCGAACGCAUUCGCGCUCGCAAACUUACCACACAAAUUAAGCUCAAGGACAAACCGAAGAAGAACUCAAUCGAUGAGAAUUCCAACUCAGAUGAUCAGGAAAUCACAUCAUUGGAGGAGAACUCCACGUCGCAGAAUACGCCGAAGAGUUCGCCGAAAACAAAGACAAAAAUAUUCUCUCCCAUCGGCUAUGAGCCGCAUUUGGUGGAUACGCUAGAGAAAGACAUACUACAGCGUAAUCCAGGCAUAAAAUGGAGUGAUGUAGCCGGCUUGAAUGAUGCUAAGGCUAUAUUGCAAGAAGCGGUUGUAUUGCCGAUUAUUAUGCCCGAUUUUUUCAAAGGCAUACGACGACCUUGGCGUGGCGUUUUGAUGGUGGGCGCACCCGGUACUGGCAAGACUAUGCUGGCCAAGGCUGUGGCCACCGAAUGUGGCACGACUUUCUUUAAUGUCUCCUCGGCGACUCUAACCUCAAAAUAUCGCGGCGAAAGUGAAAAGCUGGUGCGUUUACUAUUCGAAAUGGCGCGUUUCUAUGCGCCGAGUACAAUUUUCUUCGACGAAAUCGAUGCAUUGUGUACGUCACGUGGCAGUGAUUCAGAGCACGAGGCGAGUCGGCGCUUCAAGGCAGAGCUGCUAAUACAGAUGGAUGGUUUGAAUGCAACACUGCAGGAUGAUAAAGUUAUCAUGGUUUUGGCGGCAACCAAUCAUCCGUGGGAUAUAGAUGAAGCUUUCAGACGACGCUUCGAGAAAAGGAUAUACAUUGCACUUCCAAAUGAGGAGACACGUUCAGCUUUACUCAAGCUCUGCCUCAAGGACGUUCGUCUCUCACCAAAUUUAGAUACGAAUCUUAUUGGCGAUCAGCUGAAAGGAUACUCAGGCUCAGAUAUUAGCAAUGUAUGUCGUGAUGCGGCUAUGAUGGCAAUGCGUCGUCUUAUCGCCGGACGCUCGCCAUCGGAAAUUAAGGAGAUACGUCGUGAGGACAUUGAUCAACCUAUAACAAUACAGGAUUUUCAAGACGCUAUGGAACGUACGAAACAAUCAGUUUCAUUGGACGAUGUGACACGUUUCGAAAAAUGGAUGGAGGUCUAUGGUUCAUGUUAAGCUAAUUUAGACGGUCGACGCGAACGAUUGCUCUAAAAGUAUACUAAUUAUGCACAUUGAAAUAUUAAAAU